UCGGCACUCCACCGGCUGAUCGAGGACACACUACACGGACUUAACAUUACCACGUGCGAUUGGAACUAACUUUUUCAUUGACUUUCAAGCAGAAAAUACCUUCAAACAAGAAUAUGGAACUAUACAAGAGUGUGUUGCUGUGUGUACUAGCUAUUGUUCUGUUGGCCGAUCUGUUCGCUGCCACUCCAAUCAGAUCUCAUCAUUCCAAAAACCUUCGAUCGAACCACUUUAGAGUAGAACAAGAAUUAGAUGAAGCGUUUUCAGUCCUUGACGCGGAAAAUGCCUUCAAUUCACGAAUGCAACGGAAUCGGACCUUCAACCGACGCAGGCGCAGUUUUCCGAAUGAAAGUGUAAUAGCUAUUCGACAUUGCUUUAAUCAACUUUUACGAGCAAGACGGCGUAACCCCCCAACCCAGAUAUCAUCGAGAUGUGAACGAAUUCUCAGACCAUAUAGUCGAACCAGAGGUCGGGGGUCAGAUGCUACGGUAAUCAUUAUCGAAAAGUAAGAUAAACAAAGAUUAGGUAGGACAAACAAAUAAGCGUAACGAAAAUUGAAAACGUUUCAGACCAACAACAGACAGUUAAUUACCAACGGUCCAAGACCAGAAGUCUGGUAAACGCUUGUAUGAAUGGAACAAUUGAAUUAAGCGUUUCGGCUACUAUGGUACUUACCUGAGACAUUCCAUCGGGUGAGAGGGGACGUUUGAAACAACCGGUGUGACACGAGACCCUCAAAAUAUUGACAUUAUAAAUCCAACAACUAUAUAUAUAAAGUCUGUUUCUGAAUCAUCUUUUGCUUCAACUGGAUAAGGACGUGAAGAAACUCUUAAUAUAUCAUGUGCGGUAGUCUAUGUCAAUAUGAGAAAUAAUUCAUUGCUCUAUCUCUUUCAUUCCAGCAGACUUUUAACAAAUAAAAAAUAAAUGUGAUUCAAGUUGGAGACAGAAUAAGACUGUUACAUUACAUUAUUUAUAAGGAUUUUUUUUUGUAAGAAAUGUCUAACGUGUAACAAUUAGGAAUUGUGUGUCAGUGGUGAGCGCAAGGUCCGUCGUAAAUCUAUUUAUGUUUUAUUCCAUGCUACAGUUUAUAUGUUUAUGCUGGUCAUGGAACAUUCAAUUACGUAUAUGAUAAGAUGAUGUGUAGCAGUAUGUGUGGGCACAGACUGAUACAACAUACAGAGUUACCACGAUAAACACUUUCUCUUAAUUAUCCAAAACACAUAUAAUCAUUGCUUCUUUCCGUCAUUUUAUCCUGGGUGCAUCAGUUUACAUUACUUUAUCACACCCACUAAUUACAAUUAGUAUUUUUAUCAUACGCAUUAACUAGGAUUGGUGCAUAUGACAGUGGUGCGGUCGCAAUCUUUUACACGGAAUCGGAAGUCCCAAUAUUACACUUUCAUAUAUCAGUAAAGAUAAACGCCCUCCGAAAUUCUUAACUUAAUCCAGUAUCAUUUCUGUCUUAAAUUUGGAAGGUUCUGAAUUUUCUUGUUAACUUUAUAGUUUAUAAUAAAUGAUGAUUAAUUCGUUUAUAUAUAUUUAUUUUUAUGUUCACUCAAUGUAAGGGCUCUAUGUUAUUGUAUAAAGAGGAGAGAGGUGUGAUUGUGCAUUGAUGUUUAAGAGAGGACCACAUCUGUAGCAUGAGAAAUGUAGAGACAUUUUAUAAGGCACAAACGCCUUAACGCCAGGGUUUCUUGUGUGCAAACUCGUUGUUAUUCUUUGACAAUAAAAAAACAAAGGCAAUUAA